AUGUCAAACUUGGUUCAACGCACAAAGUCAGACCUAGACACGCUUUUCACACGGUUUCCUGACAUCAAAUUCGAUGAAGCAUCUAAUCUCAUCGAAGAGACGCACGACAAAGAGCACUUCUCGUCGCCUUGUUCAAAUAACACUGAUCAUGAUGAAAGCCUCCUCUCGAUCCAAUCAACAUCAACUGCCAAUACUACACCACUCCGGCCAAUGCCUCGCGCCGCAGAAGCUCUAGAUGUGCCCAACCUUGCCGACUUCCUGCAACAUGUUGACAGCACCGAUCUCCCCGCAAUAUGUAAAGAUUGGCUCAAGAGUCUGGGACGGCAAGUGUUCGACCUUGCUAGGAUUUUGCUGCCAACUAGCCGAGACGUCGCAGGUCACGCCAACUCCCAUAGACAAGAAAUCUUGGAUCAAAGUCGGCCGAUUUUAGUUCAACUCCAAGAUGUGGACAAUAGACUUCAGGAGCAGGUUCGAAAUAUUGCAUACAUCAAGUCGCUCGCACCAUUUGUGGUUGAGCCCGCACCACAAGAUACAUGGACCAUCUACCGACAGAGGGCGAAACUGAUUGUGAACUACACCGCACUGCCAUCGGGAACGGAGCGCAAGGCCCUCGUCCACCUGGCCCGUAUCUUCGAUGCCUAUGUUUAUCACCCUUUCCUGCAGCUGCUGGGUUUCGACAGCGUCGACGCAGAUGUUCAAAACCGAACCAACGAACUUUACGACAAUAUCAUGAAGCUUCUGCAGAGUUACGGGCAGUGGUGGAAAGGGAUGAAGAGCAUCAGAUACGAUUACAUGCUGCCGCUGAUGAGGCGGAUACGGAGCUCUCCGGAAAUAUUGCGAGAGAUCAAGGAAUUCGAGAAGGCAAAGGAGGCGGCAAGAGCAGUCAUUGGCAAUGUCGACGCACCUGGAAUGCAGCCUGUCGAUAGGAGUGUCCUUCGGCAGUUGAAUGCCAAAUCUCCUGGCUUGAUGCACGCGUUGCUUCCUGCCUCGAGAAUCGAAACGGAUGAGGAGCGAUAG